GUCACUCUAGUCAUCUCUCUGAAAAUGAUACAUGUAACCUGGAAGAAGCAUAUCUCUGUCAACAUUGAGACUCGAUCGUCAUUUAAAGAGGUCAAUAUCGAACACUUUGAUAACCGUAUCACAAUUCUUUUUUCACUUAUCAACCAUGACAUUGAAGGUUUUAUUGGACGUCAUGUCCCAACCCUCGAGGGCCGUCCUCAUUUUUUGCCGGGCGGCUCAAAUUCCCCACGAAUUCAAGCCCAUUCGAGUGGCUAAAUUGGAGCAUCAUGGCCCAGAAUUUGUCGCCAUGAAUCCGCUCAAGACCGUUCCCAUCAUCAACGACGACGGAUUUGUGGUCAAGGACUCAUCGGCCAUUAUGCGAUAUCUGAGCUCCACGCGUGCCGACAUCCCGGAUCAUUGGUACCCUCGUGACCCUCAGGGCCAGGCCAAAAUCGACGAAUACUUGCACUGGCAACAUCUCAAUACCCGGGCGGGGUGUGCCAUGUACUUUCGGACCAAAUGGUUGAUGCCCAUGCUCAAACAGUCUCCCGCUGACGAGGCCAAGGUGGAGUCUCGAUUGAUGACCAUGGAAGAGGCCUUGGCCAAAGUUCAAAGCGUGUGGCUGGAUGAGGGGAGAAAGAAGUAUUUGGUGGGAGACGCGGUUUCCGUGGCUGACAUCAUGUUAUGUUGUGAAAUGGAACAGCCCUUGGUGGCCGGAUAUGACAUUCGCCAGAAGUGGCCCAAAUUGGGCGAAUACAUGGAUCGAAUUAAAGAAGACCUUCAUCCGCACUACGAGGAUGUGCACAAAGUCCUAUACGGGAUGUACGACAAGUUUGGGAUCAAGGCCAAACUAUAACGUUUAACAGUCUCUGAGAUGUCAAAAUAUAACGGUAUAAUUUGAUGCCAAACAUCA